CCGCCCCCCGCUGCCCGCAGGUGCUGGAGUACAACGCGCCGGGCGGGAAAUGCAACCGCGGACUGACGGUGCUGGCCGCCUUCCGGCAGCUGGCGGGACCCGGGCAGCGCGACCCCGAGAGCCUCCGGUGCGCCCUGGCCGUCGGCUGGUGCAUCGAGCUGUUCCAAGCCUUUUUCCUGGUGGCCGACGACAUCAUGGACGCGUCCCUCACCCGGCGGGGGCAGCCUUGCUGGUACAAGAAGGAGGGAAUCGGGCUGGAUGCCAUCAAUGAUGCCUUCCUCCUCGAGUCAUCUGUCUACCGGCUGCUGAAGAAGUACUGUGGGGAGCGCCCUUACUACCUGCACCUACUGGAGCUCUUCUUGCAGACUGCCUACCAGACUGAGCUUGGGCAGAUGCUGGACCUCAUCACUGCUCCUGUUUCCCAGGUGGAUUUGAAUCGCUUCAGUGAGCAGAGGUAUAAAGCCAUUGUGAAGUACAAGACGGCGUUCUACUCCUUCUACCUGCCUGUGGCCGCUGCUAUGUACAUGGCUGGUAUUGACAAUAAGGAGGAGCAUGACAAUGCCAAAGCAAUCUUGCUGGAGAUGGGUGAAUUCUUUCAGAUCCAGGAUGAUUACCUGGACUGCUUUGGGGACCCGAAGCUGACAGGGAAGGUUGGCACUGAUAUCCAGGACAAUAAGUGCAGCUGGCUGGUGGUGGAGUCUCUCCGUCGGGUCACGCCGGACCAGAGGCGGAUCCUGGAGGAGAACUAUGGCUGUAAGGAGCCUGAGAAGGUGGCAAAGGUGAAGGAGCUCUAUGAGGCUCUGGGCAUGAGGGCUGCUUUUCAGGAGUAUGAGGAGAAGAGCUACCAGCGCCUGCAGGAGCUGAUCGGGCAACAUGCCAACCGCCUCCCCAGGGAGAUCUUCCUGGGGCUGGCACAGAAGAUUUACAAGCGGCAGAAGUGAGGGCGAGCCUGUCCCUGGACUGCUUGGCCU